UCAAGAUCACGCAUAAAUUUUCUCUAACCUUAAAAGAGAGAUAGCACGUGAUGUUUAAACAGACGGUGGGGAUUGAGCCAAACGCUAUCCAUGCACUACCUCUGAAGCAGUAGCAUGGGCUGCGGUCCGAAACACGCCUACAGCGCUAUUAGCGCGCUCACGAUUGGUCCGAUUCACGCUUGCAGUGUUUUCAUGAGCAUAAUGACGUUAUCAAUACGUGACGUUUCAGUGCUCAUGGUGACCCUGGAUGGAAGAUGGGUCACUGUGAACGUCUCGUAGCCGCAUGACGUCAGAAUGCGCGAAAAAGUGAGGAUUUAAAAAAGGACAUAGCAAUUAAAAGUAAAAAACUGCAUUAUAAUGUCGAAUAAAUUGAUAUCUGUUCCUGUCUUCGUGGAAGAUGCAAAUGAGACAUUAAUACUGAAAAUUUCGCCACAAGAUGCAGAGAGAGUGAAUACAGAUAUAAAUUAUAUGACAAGCCUCGUUAAUGAAAUAUAUAAAAAGAGAAGUAAAAAAUUAAAUAGUCAAUUGAAUGUACAAACUUCGACAAAUAAUGAUAUAAAUACUUCAAUUCAACAGUCUUCAUGCAAUGAUAAAUCUUAUACUUCAUCUCCAGAACAAGAUUCUGAUGAAGAUGAUCUUAAAGAUGUAGUGAAUGAAAAGUCAUUGUUUAUAUGGCCAUCUAAAUGUAUAUACUUGUUGCUUGAAAAAUAUGAAGAAAGAAAAGAAGAAUUUACAGGAGGUAUGAAACGUCACAAUAAAAUUUGGGAAGCUAUUGCUCAUGAAAUAAAAAAAAUAAAUAUUGAAUAUACUGUGAGUGGAUCACAAUGUCAAUCAAAAUUUAAUAGUUUAAAGAAAACAUACAAAAAAAUAUUGGACUAUAAUUCAGUGUCAGGGAAUGACAGAAAAACGUGGCCAUAUUUUGAAAGAAUGCAUGAAAUUUUUGGAAAAACAGGAUGGGCAACUCCUAAAGCUAUUGCUUCAGAAGCUGGACCAUGUGAUGAACAGGCGAGUGUAUCUGAUUCUUCUGCGAAUGAUGAUAAUAAAAGAAAACCCAAAAGGAAAAUUGAGACUGUUUUACAUGACUUUAUGUCAGAGAUAAAAAAGGAAAAAAUACAGAAAGAGAAAAAGAGAGAAGCUAAAGAAAGAUGGUUUCAAGAACUGAAGGAACAACGAGAAAGACAACACCAGGAAAAAAUAACACUGAUGCAAAAGUUAUUAGAAAGCAUUAACAAGAAGUAAUUUAAUUAUUCUUGUAAUAUUCUAAAUUCUUAGUUUUUACUUCUG